AUCCAGUGAUAAUGGGUGCUUUCACUGCCACGUUUGGGGCUGCAAACGAGCCGAGCCGAGCUUAAUUUGUCGUGCUUGAGCUCGUUUCAUUUACUAAACUAGCCAAAAACUUGACUUAAUGAGCCGAGCUUACUCAUUUACUAAACGAGCCUGUUUAAUAGAUCCGAGCCUCUCUUAACGAACUGAGCUCUGUCGAACGAGCCGAAAACUUGAGUUCGAGCUUGUCUCGUUUGCUGAACGAAAACAAGCUGAGUUGAGCCGAGCCGAGCCGCGCUCUCGGUUCAUUUGCAGCCCUAGCCACGUGUAAUUUCCCACACCUUUCGACAUCACAUAUUCUUGCGAGUCCGUAAACCCAGUUGUAAACUUUACAAAAAUAGUCCAUCUCACAGUUCACAUACCAAGUAGUAGUGCUGUUGCGAUCUCUGGCACAAAUAACUUCGCACUAAGUCAUUAGCUGCUGUAAUUCUGACCUAAUUUUGCCCUUUUAACUCCAUUAUUGAAGAUAGAUUAAUCGUCCAUUUGUGCCACUAAAAACAGAGGACAAAUGCACUACAGCAUGGAUCCCACCCCACCCCAGUGUCUUUACGUAGGCCCACAUUUUUUCUCUUUGUCUUCUUCCCCAAAACAGAUGGCUCCCUCCUCUAUCCCUACCCUACUACCAAAGAAAACAAAAAACCAACGCCUUCCCAUUCACAACCACUGUGCUUGGAGGCAUUCAAAUCUCUAAGUAACGGACGUGCCACAACAAAACAGCACGUUGGAGUAUAUCAAUCCAUAUUUGGCCUAUAUGGUAUCUUAACACCAAGCAUUGGCCGGCUGAUCAAGGUUUGGGACUUAGGAUUUACUCUGUUACAAUCCUAAUGUCCCACAUCGACUAAGCAUGAGCUUGGCCAUGUAUGUAUAAACUCUUGAGUACCCUCCCUUUGUAAAUCGGUUUUCAAGAGUGAGUUCUACCUAAGGAUUUGUAUCAUACUCUCUCCUGAAGUUUCAGCUAGCUAGGUUUGAAACUUUUCAGGUGCUAUCUAUGAUCUUUUGGGGUGAUUCCGUAAUUGGGACUCCCUCAAAUGGGCCUUGAGAUUGGUCUCUCAAGAUUAGUCAAGGUGCACGAAAGUGUGUAGUGAGAAUUGAGAUCGAUGCUUCAACAUUAGUGGAUAUGUAAGUAAGCUGAUCUGGACACCUAAGUUACUAAAAAAAAGAUUUGGAGGGAGAACUAGAGGUCACACGUGGAGCACACAUCCCUCCCUCUGCUUUUUGAUGGGCCAGUGCAUGUUUUGCAGGUCACUAAGCAGAGCUUUUCUCAGUUUUUCUGAUCUAUAUAUAUACAUAUACCGAAGCUAGCUAUUUCUAACUUCUCAGCUCAAAACCCUCUCUCUCUCUCUCUCUGAAACUAGUUGAACGAUGGGGACGUCAGUUGAUCCAUUGGUAGUAGGGAGGGUGAUUGGGGAUGUGGUGGACAUGUUUGUGCCAAGUGUGACCAUGAAUGUCUACUUUGACACCAGGCAUGUCACUAAUGGGUGUGAUAUUAGGCCAUCUCUUGCUACUAAUCCUCCUAGGGUCACCAUCUCUGGUUUUCCUCAUAACCUCUACACUCUGGUGAUGACUGAUCCAGACGCACCAAGUCCGAGUGAACCUUCCAUGCGUGAAUGGGUGCAUUGGAUUGUGACGGAUAUUCCUGGUGGUACCGGUCCCACUGAAGGAAAAGAAGUGGUGCCAUACAUGGGGCCAAAGCCACCAGUGGGGAUCCACAGGUACAUAUUUGUGCUUUUCCAGCAGAGGGCUGCCCUGGGAGGCGCUGGUGUAGGAAUGGAUCAGCAGCAGCCCGUCUCACACCGGGCCAAUUUCAACACCCGGGCCUUUGCUCACCAGCUCGACUUGGGCUUCCCCGUUGCCACCGUCUAUUUCAACGCCCACAAGGAGCCAGCUAACCGGAGGCGCUGAAUUUUUUUAUUUUCAAUUAUAUGCUUGUAAUAAUGAUAUAAUAUUAUAAUUGAUGGUGCUA